UUUUUUCUUUUUGUAAGUGAUCAUAGAGACAAGCACCGAGGUGCAUUUUCUGUAUCUGUCUAUCUGCUGACAGUGACAGGGCAUUUUCUCUUUUGCAUGUGUUAAAUUUAGGUCAGUGGGAGAGGAAAUUACAUCCUCAUCUCAUUCGUAACACUUUUGAAUAUAAAAUGCAAUAUGCUUUGAUAAUAUCCAAGUUAUCCAAGUAGUUUUCUACUUUUUUUUUUUUGCCUUGUUUUGUUUAUUUGUCUUUUUGUGUGUGUUUUUUUAAAUUAAUGGAAUGUGUUAAAAAAAACUUAUCUUAAUUCUUGAAAAACAGUAGUAGCUAUCAUCAAUCGUCAAUUAGACUGACGCUAAUCACAAAGCAUUUUAAAUACAGUGCAGCGCACUAACUGCAAAGUCCUCACAAUUCAAGACAGUUAUUUUUUCAGUCUUAAGUAAAUAAACCACUUACAAUGGAGAUGUCUUCUUCUGUGGCCAGCAUGCAGGAUUUUUACUUUAUAGUCUAUACCUUAUUUGGCUUCCUUUUUUAAUACUUUAAUGUUUAAAGUGAUCUUGAGUUCCAUGAAAGAUAUCAAAUACAGCUAAGCUAUUAUUAUUAUCAGCAUUAUAAUAUUGUGUAAACAAGCUGCCGAUACUUAUUGCUGACUGAUGUACACAAAUCCUAUGCCAACUCAGGUUCUGAUAGUAAUCAUGACAUAAUCAACUUUAGGGGGAUAUUCUCCUCUAACAUUACUUUUCAUAGAUUUAUUUAUUUGUAGUAUUUUGUUUUUUGCACGCAGCUGCUGAAAAUGUGUUAUAGGCACAUCACUGAAGAAGCUACAACAGUCAGUGUGCUGCUGUAACAGAUCCUUUAUUAGAUUAAAUUUACCAAAAUUUGAAUCAAAAGUGGAGAGGUAGAGGGAAGAGAUGACAAAACCACUGCUGGGGAAGCCUACCACAGACUGAUGCAGCGCACUGAUUCUAAUCCACCUGUGUGAAAUGUAAUAAACCAAAAGUGCUAUGAAGUUAAAAGGGCAUACAAAAGAAAUCUGUUGCCACAAACCAUAGCAGGAGCAAAAGUGGGUCACCCUCCCCUCAAUACAUGGAAUGACCACAAGCAUGUAAGUCAUCAGCAACUAGAAGCAGUGAGAUCUUUAAAAAAUGUUGCAAGUAUGUAAAACUUAUUUAUAUAGCACUUUAUAAAACAUGUAACCAGUCACAAAGUUUCAUAUCAUUUCAUAAUGAAGCAGUUAAAGAUUAAAGAGCAUUAGAUCGAUUGGUAAAAUAAUCCCAAAAUUAACAGCAAUCAGUUCUCAAAUUAGUUCCGAUUGCGCACGGAGCAGAUUUGAGUUGGCUAGCUAUAGACGUGUAGUGUUUUUCCACACUCCUCUGUACAACCUCGCUUCAAUUCAUUGUGAUAUUCAGGAAUUUGUUCAUGCACACCUCUCAAGGGCCAGCCACAGAAUUUCAAUCAGCCUAAAGUCUGGACUUGAUCCUCUUCUUUUUCAGCCAUUCUUUUGUGUUAGGGAUCACUGUCACUGUCAUCAUUGAUCAAACUGGGUCAGGCUUAAGCUGUCAGACAGGUGGCAUUUGACAUUUGAUUCUAGAGUAUUUUGGUAUACACAAGAGAGCAUGGUUGACUUAAUGAUUGCAAGGUGCACAGAUCCUGUGGCUGCAAAAAACCCCUAUAUCCUCGCCUUUCCUCACCAUCGUGUUUGACACUUGGUAUGUGGUUUUUGUACUGACAUGCUGUGCUUGGUUUUCACUGAACGUAGAGCAUGUUUGGCUUCAUGGCCAAUCAUCUCCACUUUGGAUAUCUUACUUUAUCGGAUUAUUCAUGUGAUGUUUAUUUCCACUUCUGCACCAUAAUGGGCCUUCUAAUUUAUCCCAUUUCUUUGAACACUUUUGUUACUUAUAUUUUUGCAGAUCCACUCAUAUACAAAGAAGUUGCCUAAUAAAUGUAAUUCAAAAAUAUGAUCUAUAUUAUGACGACUUCACGUCAAGAAUUGGCCCAAUAAAGCCCCUGUGCCCCCCUCAGCUGAAUUCUGUGAAUAUAUGUCAACUAUAAGUUACACUGAUUUAUACAGAUAAAUGAACUUGCAGAUAAGCUUGCAAGCUGGGUUUAAUUAUUAGGUUAACAGCAGUAUAGAAUCAUUAACAUUUGGUUAACCACAAAUACUUCUGCUGCGAUCGAGGUAAGCAGCAUGCCUGUGAGGCACAGCGUUGAGAGGUAACCCUCAUAUAUAUUUGAAACUAAAAUCAGGUCACUCAUCAGUAUGUGUGGUCAGUUUUAAAGCACAACCCCACUCAAAACCUUCAAAACAAACAGAACUGCGUUGAAAAUAAAUGCGUGCUCACAGUCAGCUCUCCCACUGUGUGUGGCGGUGCGUCUGCUUUCAAACACAUGUAUUUUCCCACUUUUGUAUCUGUGGCUACAUUCCUCUAUGACAUUAUCAUGCGUGUACGGGUGCAUUUAUGCAGGGUAUGUGUGAGUGCAAUCACAUUUUGUAUUCUAAUUCAUGUAAUAGCAAAGUGAAUUGAGCCAAAUCCCCCCAUCAAAGCUGCUUGCCCAUCCAGUUCACAUGGCCUGGUGCUGAACCUGUCCCUGUGUGUGCAUAUACUUACACGCACAUUUAAUUUGCCCAGAUUUAACUCAGUUUAAGAUUUAACAUUUGAAUUAUGUAUCAAAAUUGCAUGGAACAUUUACAUGCAAUUUAAUGAUUAAACUAAUUUACAUCCUUUUUUACCAUAUAAGUAGGGCUGAUUUUUUGCUAACGAGUGAAAACUAGAGAUUUAUUUCACUCCUUUACAGUAGAGUUAAAAUACAGUAUCCCCACCCCUGCCACUUUAGGAGGUAGGACGGGAUUUCAGUUCUUUGGCUUCUUUCUUUUUCUUUUUUAAAGCAGCUGAUCAUGGACGAGACCACCGAAACUGACUUUACUUUCAGUUUGAAUCUUACUGAAUCUUCACUUUUCCAAGGCUUCAGCAUGCCUCCAACUGAAAAUAGUCCUGCAUAUAGUUCUGAAUAUACUACUUACUAUUAUGAAUAUGACCCCGCCAUGUUCGAUGGAUUUCAACCAUGCGUAUAUACGCGACACGGAGCAACUUUUCUUCCUGCCAUCUACAUCAUUUUCUUCCUGCUGGGCGUUCUGGGUAACUCUCUGGUUUUCUGGGUCAUUACUUGUGGAGCGCGACUCCGCACCAUGACCGACGUGUGCUUGUUAAACUUGGCCAUUGCUGACCUCCUUUUGGUGUGUUGCCUGCCCUUCCUAGCCCACCAAGCCUGGGACCAGUGGGUGUUUGGGGAUGCUAUGUGCAAAAUAGUCUUGGGCAUUUAUCAUAUCGUCUUUUACUGUGGGAUAUUUUUUAUCACUCUAAUGAGCAUUGAUCGGUACUUGGCUAUAGUGCAUGCUGUUUGUGCUAUGAGAGCACGUACACGCUCCUUUGCAAUGAUUGCAGCUGCUGUUACAUGGGGAGCGGGAUUUCUGGCUUCUUUUCCUGACCUGAUCUUCCUCCAAGAGCAAAGAAAUGUGUCGGGACAGCACACUUGCUAUCCUGGAUUUCCAGAAGUGACUUCCAGUCUUCAUUUUUGGCAGGUCUUCAGCAUUGCUAAAAUGAACAUUGUAGGCCUGCUCAUUCCGAUCAUCAUUCUGGUUUUCUGCUACUCACAGAUCAUCUGGAGGUUACUGAACAGCCAGUCAUCCAAGAAACAAGCUAUCCGCCUUGUUGUCAUAGUGGUAGCUAUUUUCUUCUGUUGCUGGAUUCCCUACAACAUUGCGUCACUUGCCCGAGCACAGGAGCUAAAGCACCACGUGUUAGAUUGUGGGCACAGCAAAGCCGUCAGACUGGCUUUACAAAUCACAGAGGCCAUUGCUUACUCUCACAGUUGCCUCAACCCCAUCCUGUAUGUGUUUGUCGGGGAGAAGUUCAGGAGGCACCUGUUGCGGAUGAUAAACAGAUCUCCCUGCAGACUGUGCCAGCUGAUCAAGGUCUUCAUACCACAGGACAGAAUUUCUACAUCAGUCUACUCACAAACUACCAGCGUGGAUGAGAGGAGCACUGCUAUGUAGUGAACUAGGACAGUUGGGGGAUGUGCUUCUUUUCAUUUUUUCAUGUCCAGUAAAAAUAGAUCACUGUGGCUUAUUGUCACUCCUAGAGUGUUAAGGUUUGGCACUUGUGAAUGUAUGCAUGUGACUGUAUAUUAAUAUAAUGUACCACAGAUAUGUAUUUUUACUCUGUUUUUGUACUUCUAUGAGUUAUGACCAAAAUGUAUGCAAUUCCAUUAUAAAUCUGAUUUUGAAUACUUUGAUGUAUCUUCACCUGGGACGAUGAGUCACAGUUAGACUUGUUGCAGUUUGUUUUGCCGCUGGCUCUUUACUUAGCACGAAACUGUGUCAACUACAACAUCUGUCAGCAGCUACGGCAACGUCAUCCAGUUUAAGUGGGGAAACGCACCACCAUGAAAAGUUACAUGUCAUAGUAGCCUACAUUUUUAUCCAAACACGAUGACCCCCCUCACAGUUGUACCCGUUGCAUCAGUCUGCGCACAGGAAAUCGUGUUCAGUGCAACUUUGCAGAUUCAGCAGUGUAGGUUGCCUAGCAUCAUUAGCAGAACAUUUGCACUUUACCCAACACAGAGAAAACCACAACCUGAAAGAGGAAGCAUGAAACCAAGCUGUUAGUUUAACCUUUGCAGUCUUUGUGCACAUCCGAGCCGUUUGUUAUCAAGUGACUUCAUAGUUCUGCUGGUUUUUCUCGUGAUAUUAAUCAGGAUUGCAAGAAAGAAGUCCCUUUUUGCAAGAGUUUAUCGAUGGGCAUGCAAACAGUUCCUCUUUCAGCUUCUUUGUUUCAAUGCCUGGAUGGAUGACAAAUUACAGGAAAAAUCGCAAAAAUUCCAGGCUGCAUUUUACUGGAUCCUCUUAGAGAAGGGGAGCUCUGAAUCAAUAGAAAGUUGUUCUCAUAUGAAUUGAUAUCAUUAUUACUAUUAUGAUAUUAUUACCCCCACCCCCCUUUUCCAGGAAAACAGUCAUAAGGAGUCCCUGAAUUGUCUGAUAAAGCUUGGUUCUAUCUUUUCACCUAUAAUUCCGCUGAUGUUUUUUUUUUCCAUCUUUGCUUCAGUUUCCAGUUUUUUGAUAGUUUUUGUAACAUAAACAUUUCUGGUUUCUGUCAAAUGGGUCCAGUCAUUGGGGCCACAAGAAUUCCGAUUCGGUUUUUGGGAUAAUUUAAAUGUUUGAUCAGUCUUUGUGUUGUAUUUUCUCAUGCCUGUUUAAAAAAGGUGUUUGUAAUCAGCUGACAAUACAGAAUAAAGGUGUUAUAUUUCUAUGGUAAGUGCGGCAUCCCUGUGACACGAAUGAGUGUGUAUGGUGAAAAGGUGUGACAGAUCCAAUCUAACCGCAGUUGCCUCUUUUCACUAUUUUUACCUUUUGCUUUAAGUGCUUCCACAAAAUAAGGAGUAUCUGCACUGACUAACAAACCAACUUUGAUAUGCAUGUUACUGUAGAGUAGAGAGGUGUUAUUGUUCCUGUAAUAAACUGUACGGUUCAUCUGGUUUCGGUCAGUGAAGUUGUUUGCUUUACAGGCACUCACGUUUUUCAUCUGAUAAAUUAGCCACACAUUUAUUGUAACUUCCUGGCGUCAUCAUUUUCUUUCGUUGAUUUACAUAUAUAUUCAAUUUUACUAUAUUUUGAAAAGAAGCAUGCAGCUACCCAUCAUAUACCUUUUUUUAAAUCUAAAAAAUCCUUUUUUUUUGUGCAUUACACCAUUGUCUAUGUGGAGAGAUAUGAGCUAAAACAUUAUUUCUGUUAGUCUAGCAGAAAGUCGGAGUGGAGCACUGAGUCCAUUCUUGGGAAACCCAGUUAUGUCGACUCUUGAGGAAAGUGACAGAAUACGCCCAUCCCUUAAUAACACAAUCUGCUUCUGUUUUUUUUUUUAAAGAGCUUGCUCUUAAACUACUGAGAACACAGUGUACUGAGGAAGUGGAAACCCUAAACUGAGAGGAGGGGCAGGCUUGACCCUGAUGUAGAUUGAUGAUUACUGCUUCCUCAGAAAGUGUUAGGUGAAACCUGCCUUAUUUAGACCGCUGACAUUUAGUGUCUGCUGUUUAAGUCCCAAGACAAUGGAGUUCUUAAGAUGCUCAAAACAAUGGCGAGCAUCAUCUUCAUCAUCAUCAUCAUUAUCAUCAUCAACAUGUAGAUUUCAAAUGAAAAAAUUCCAGCCCAGGAAGAGAACAUCUGAUGCAAAAAGAGUCAAAGUGAACGUGUUUAUUUUCAGAAAGCACAAAUUUGGUCUGAAUCAAAAGCGUGCCAGGGAGAAACAUUUGCUGUGCAAAAAGACGAUUAGAAGAAAACUGCUCUUUGUCAGUGAAGAUACUGGCACAAAUUGGGGCUUUUUGUUCUGGGUGGAUGAAUCCAAAAUUGCAGUUACUGACCUUCCUGAAAACCACUUUGACGUGUAUCUACCAUCAGGAAAAGCCCCUGUAAAACAAACUAUAUAUACUGUGAUCUAACUAAACGGGAGUGUAAGGAGUUAAUGGAUGUUACAGCAUCCUACAGAGCUGUAAAGCAUGAUCUGAAGGUGCUGCACGGCUCUAAGCAGUUUUAGGGUUGGCACAAACAUUUGGUUUCUGUGGUCAAAGAACUGCUGAGGCAGUACAGAAGCAUCUCACCAGAUAAGGCUGUUUAGGCAAGGAAACGGAAAAACAACCUGCAAGUAAACAGUCUGACAACUGUCUGCGAUAUAAAAACACAAAAGCUGAACAAUUAUUCCCACUGCAGUACUAAUGAGAAAGAAGAAACAAGCAAACAUAAAAAACAUUAUUAGCCCCCCCAAAUAACCCAGGUUAGUAGAGCAGAGGACUGAAAGCGUGUCUUAAAUGCAUUCCAGAUGUCAACAGCUGAACUACUUCUUGUUGUACACAAGUCUGGAGAAUGCAGCGAUAAAGCAGCAGCUCUGACAAGCUCUGGGGGAAAGUUUCACACUAACUACUCGGAAAAUGCUUUCCCUGCAAUGCUGAAAUGAUUAAAAGUGAAGUCUUCCUUUCACUCUAUAACUCAACCGCUCACGUGGAUUGACUCAUGCCAGACUUCAGAUACUGAUCUGUGGGCUUAACUGAUAAAUGACUCGACUUUACUUCAGCUUGGCGCUCAUGACUUGAAAAACUUGAAAAAGCUGUUGUUGUUGUUGCAUUUGUGUUGCAUCCAUUUUUAAUGUAUUGACAAGUUAUGUGUUCUUAACCCUGAUUGGGUGAGUUCAAGUUAUGAUCUCCACCCUCCCCCGACACACUUGUGUGUGUGUCGGGGGAGGGGGGAUCAAACUAAGAUACACUUCUGGAGACCUCUAGUGUAAAAAGGUUCAGUGGCAGGUCUGCAGGUUUGCUGGCAGAUUUUUAUCAAUGUGGAAGCAUCACAGCCAUGAAAGAAGUCCAAAGAUUUGAUGCCAUCUAUUAAAGACAUCAAAAUGAAAGUCAAAUUCCAAAAACAGUGGACUUAGGGAGACUUUGUGAUGUGUCAUGUGUUUUCCCCUUAUCGUCAUGUUCUCACAGUACAGUUACAAAAAAGGACAAAGGGUCAAGUGAGAAAGAUGGUAAACAGAUAUGUGAGAGUUGGGGCUGUGAUGUCAGUACUUGUUCCUACUGGUUGCCACGCAGCGUGAAAUACCAGUACGAUAUAACAUAUGAUAUAAAACUCAUAUUUUCACAUUCGCCUGUUUUUGCUCUCACCACUUUAAAUGUGGAAACUGGGCCAGCGAGUUUCAUGUGAACUGCCUGGCCUGUAGCAGAGAGCGUGACUCAACUGCCCAAUUCUCACUACAUGGGAACCACCUCUGCUAAACACACAAAACUCUAGUGAACCUACAGAGGGAAUUUACCCUCUGUAGGUUCAACAGUGUUUCAGCAGUGCAUUGCACAUUUAACCUUUUAAUAACACACAGUUCUGUUAUCUCCUUCAAACCCCUUUCAACACUACGUGCUGUUUCUGUUGUUCUUCUCCAGACUGCAGUACUUUCUGUUUCGAGCUUGGCCAAUCAAAUUUGCCGGUGGUUCUUUAAUAACGUCUGUAAGUUGAUGCUCUGCAGGUUGUUUUGCACACGAUGUGUUCCGCUAUCGGCACUUUCUUGAAACCAAGAUCUCCGAUGCCAUCUAGUGGUCUCUUGUCUCCUGAUUGUGGUUAGAUAGUAGGAGUGUUCUUGUUUACAGGCUUGCAACUCGCGUCCCGUCCCGUUAGUGUGUGGGUCACAAUCACGUCAUUAUUCUCCUCAUCAGUGUGAACUUUCUAAGUAUUUGAUAUCUCUUUCUCUGACUCACGUUUGCUUUUGGUUUUAAACUACAGCCAGACAGGACUCUCCCCAUAUGAGUGAAUGCUGAAUUCAGUGGGUGGAAAAUGCCCAGAAGCAACAGUGGGUGAGAAGGCGCAAAACUGGGAAAUAUCGGGCUGUCAAGAAAUGCGCAUAAUCGCAUAUUAGGUAUUUGUGUCGAGUUAAACGUGUGGGCUUAAAGUAAAGCAGUACCCGAAUAAUUAAAAUGAAUAAACAACACAGUAUUUGGUCACAGGUCAAAUCAAGUUUGUAGAACAGAAAAAAAAACUGCGCUGGCGUGCAUCACCUUCACACUUCACAGCUCUUGCGUGAGAUUUUGAUCACAAGAUUUUGUGUAAAGAUUGUAAAGAUACCCCUUCUGUGGUUUCAGGCAAAAAAACAAAACAAAAACUGUUGCUAAGAAAGACGAAAUAGAUUUCACACCCGAUAAGUGCACAGGCACCUUUCAGGCACUGGGUGAAAGCGCCGCUUUCAGAACAGAGACACAGGUGCGUCAGGUGAAGUAAAUAACCUCGAAUGGGGCUUAGAUGACAAAUAAUCCAGGCUGAUAACGCUCAUAGAUACCAGGGUUUAAAAUGCUGCAAAAAAUGUUCUCUAGCAGACCUCAGUGAGUAACUAUUGUAGCGGACGUGGGUUGAGUGGGAGGUAAAAUCGUGCGUUCUUUGUGCAGUGAUGCAACACACACUGCUUGCACUGAUUCAAAAACAGCAGCGGCAUCUGCUCCGGACUGAUAAGAUCAGCAACAGUCCCCUUCCUGAUACCUUCUCAUAGUUUAUCUCUCGAACUGAUCUUCAUCACAGUAAUGACAUUCGUUCACUAUUACUGUACACGUAUAUUCCUCCUGAUUUUAAUAUUCUCACUUUGCUUUUCAUUGUUUCCCCGCAGUGCUUCCAAAUGUCACUCUUCAUAUGAAAAUAAAAAGUAAAGAAAAACGUGUCAAAGGUGUUACGCUAUCGCAAACAAUAAUCCCCUCUAAUGCAAAGCUUAACAUGGCUGCUGUUAGUUGGGUUUCUUGUGUUUAAUAAUUUUAAUGAAUGACUGAUUGCAGCCAUGUGAAUUAAGGGUUUUCCCCUGCUUUCUAAUCAUGCCGGGAAU